ACAUGCUCACGAUGGCAUCCGUAGACAAGCCCCACGCAGCUCCCCAACCCGCCUACUUACCGACAGCAGGCAGCAUCCUGAACGCAAAUAAAGACUUCUACGACUCCCUCGCCAACAGCAAAUCCAGAAUCCUCAAGCAAACCAUCGAUAUCCCACCACGAUCAGCCAAAGCCUGGAAAGUGCCUGCUGGAAGCAUUGUGCGCUUCUCAACUCCAGAAGGACCCCAAGUCGGUGACUUGAACAUCUGGAACCUGUCAAACCCACGCGAGAGGUUUUGGGCAGCUCGAACCAGACAGUUGCAAGCUAGCCAUGUUACUGUCUAUGAUCGUCUUUGGAGUUGCUUGCCGUAUCUGAGGCCUAUGGUGACGAUUAUCGCGGACUCGUUGGAGGAUUAUGGCGUGGACCAGUGGGGUGGCAGGUGUCAUGAUUUACUGGGGACUCGCUGUGAUCCCUAUGUGAACACGAUGCUCACUGGCGAUCAAUACGACUAUCAUUGUCAUUCGAACCUGACCAGAGCUGUANNCGAGUUUGACGUCCACGAUGUCAUCAACAUCUUCCAAGUCACCGGACUGAACGCCGAGGGCAAGUACUUCAUGGAGCCCAGCCCAGCCAAAAAGACUGAUUACCUCGAAUUNUUUGCUGAACAGGAUGUGUUGAUGGCAUUAUCCGCAUGCCCUGGCGGCGAUCUCAGUGCUUGGGGCUGGGGUGAGGGCGGCGCUGGGGAGGAAGGAGAAAAGAAGAGCAUGUUGGAUUGUUGUCGACCUCUCAGAGCUGAAGUGUACAGCUUGGACGACGAGUCAUUGUUGAAGGGCUGGACACAAUUCGAGCCACCAAAGUACGCUGGACUCCACGGUAUGAAGGUACCAAUUGGGGAGAACGUA